GUCCCGCCCUCCGUCCCGCGGGCUCCUGCGGGUGACGUCUAAAAUCCGCGACGCUUUGGGGGAGCUGACCGCUGGGGUCCCGCUGACUGGCGGAGUCCCGAGCGGCAUGGCCUCUGCCGGGGUGGCCGCCGGGCGGCAGGCCGAGGACGCGUUACCGCCGCCGGCCGAGCCGCCGCUGCCCGAGACAAAGCCGCUGCCGCCUUCGCAGCCGCCGCCUCCGGUCGCCGCGCCUCAGCCGCAGCAGUCCCCGGCGCCGAGGCCUCAGUCACCUGCCGGCGUGAAGGAGGAGGAGAAUUACUCCUUUUUACCUUUGGUUCACAACAUCAUCAAAUGUAUGGACAAGGACAGCCCAGACAUCCACCAGGACCUGAACGCCCUCAAAACCAAGUUCCAGGAGAUGCGGAAGGUCAUCAGCACCAUGCCCGGCAUCCACCUGAGUCCCGAGCAGCAGCAGCAGCAGCUGCAGAGCCUCCGAGAGCAAGUCAGGACCAAGAACGAACUUCUGCAGAAGUACAAGAGCCUCUGCAUGUUUGAGAUUCCCAAGGAGUAGAUGAGGCUGGCUUCCUGGAAUGCCCGAGAAAGCAGUGGGCAGGCACAGGGCCCUACUGUCUUCCCCACCACCGCCUUGGGGCGUAGCUCUUUUGGACUCUAGCUGGAAAACUCUGUAAUAGAGAGGCAGGGGAAGGCCUGGUGUCACUGCUGCGGUAGCUGAACUUGGCAUUGACUAGUGUGAGGAGCCAGUGCGCAAGCUUGGCUGUGUUGGGCCUCCUUGUAGAGUGUAUAGCCUCAUGUGGAGAUGCGUAAUAACUCGAGUGCCUGCUGGUGGAAGGAAGACUGCUCCUGGAGGCUGGCCAGUGGGUAGAGGAUUCUACCCUGGCCUCUGGGGAGGGGCCAUCCGCCGUGAGUUCAGGACUCCGCGGGCAGGUCUGUGGGGUGCAGCAGGCAAGGAGGUGGCCCCUCUUUGCUUCCUCCCUCCCUCCUCUCCCACCGUGGGUAUGCGCAGUAUGCCAGGGACACGCUGUUCUGUUCACAGCAGUGUCACGAAACGUUUGCCUCGAAUUCACCGGAGAAACGGGGGCUGUGCUCCUACAGCGCAGGUUUAAAGCGGUAGAAGAACCCGUGACACAUGACUGCUGUGUUGAGAGACAGCAGGGCGACUUCCUCCCUCGUCCCGCCCCCCCUCCCCCCGGAAUAGCUUGUUUCCUUUUAUGUUUGAGCCAGUGAAUGUAACUGUCUUUGGAGGUGUGGACCCAGAGCCCUGCCUGCCAGGCAGCCCCCGUCUCCAGGUUCUCUGCCACCUACGUGUUGUUACUUUUAGCUCCCUUUGUCUCCUGUCCCCUUCGGUCAUUUCAUGCUCCAGAAGGAUCAGACCACUUCAGAGCCCACAGUGGGACCCACAGGGCCGGAGGGUAGUGUCGUUUCCACACAGGCUCACAGGGCUCCGGGUGAGCGGGCCUUGCCUCUUCCAGCAUUUCGGAUUCCUGUGGCCCUGGUUUAAAAUCUCAGUCCCCCACCCCACCCCCGCCCCCGCCUGCUCCCUGCAGAGGCAGCCAUGUGUUCGCUGCACCGCAGACAGAGGCAGUCACGAUGGGCUCUUUGUCCAGAGAAGGGCAGCUCUGAGGGACGGCUCUGAUCACCCCUCAGCCCGGUGUGAGGGGUGUGUGCUGGAUUGUUCUCAAGGAGCGGUGAUGGCCUACACCUGGAAGCUGUACAGCCUGGUUCUGCUUCCAAAUGUUCAUAACACCCCUCAUGUGUACCAGGUGGGACCCCGUUUGUGGCUUCUUCCCUUGACUGUCAGAGAUGAGGGGAGACGUAGGUCUAGAAAUGGGCACAUAACCCGUGCCGACCAAGUCGGGCUUCACAGACGCCUGCCGAUGGCCUCGGUGGCGGGGAUAGUGGUCGAGGACAUUUUUAGCAGCAGCUCCAUUUGUGUUGUGUGUGAAGGGGGUCAGGUUUCAGUGGCUUUGGGCAGAAGAGCAGGCUCUGAAAUGAAGCGGGCAGUAGUCACCUAUUAGACCAGUUCCCCCUGGAGACUGUAUUUAACUGAAUCAGUUAUUUCCGCGAGAUCUCAGAGCAGCGUAUGGGCCAGUUUUAAGGCUCUGACCACAUAUCAUGAAGCACGAAGCACAUGGAACAAGACCACCGGGCCCUCGUGCCAGGCGGAGACAGACAAGGGCUUUUCAGGGGCAGACACAGAACCUUUCCUGUAUUCCAGGGGUUUGACUUGGGACAUUUUUCAAGAGUAUAAUUAAAAGAACUUGUAUUCUGCUCUCAGGA